GAGAAGCAAUAAUAAUAAAAAGGUGAAAUAAAACAAAUGAUGUUGCAAUCCUUGAAACAACGCACGGACAAACUCAGCGGCAUUCCAGCAACAACAGCAACCAGCGGCACAGUGGCAACUGCUGUGACAGCAACAGACACAACAACAACAACAGGAACAACAACAACAACAACAGGAACAACAACAACAACCACAUCGACAACAGCAGCAACAACAACAGCAACAACAAUGCUAACAACAGCACCUGUUGCACUUGUCGCUAAUGGUAUGGCCAAUGGCAGCAGUCUCUAUAACGGCAGCAACAACAAUUUGCAACAGCAACAACAACAGCAACAACAGCAACCAGUAAAGUAUUUAGAAAAUCUAACGCCUGCCACGGGCGCCAUUGCGACGGCAACAACUUUUACAGGUGCUGCGAAAAGUUUUCAUCCAUAUUUGCGGCCCAACAGCAGCAUACCAACAGCAGCAACAACAGCAGCAGCAGCAACGACAAUGACCAAAACUGCUGGCGGCGUUGGCGUCGGCAUGUCGACAACAUUGUUCGAAACACUUUUGCACAACCAAAUAAAUUCCAAUGCAAAUGCAGCCGCCCUCCUACCAGCCGCAGCAGCAGCAGCAGCAACAUCAACUGCAACAGCAGCAGCAGCAGCAGCAGCAGCGGAGCCAACGCAAGCGGCAGCAGCUGCAACCGCAGCAGCACCAACAGCAACAGCAGCAUCAGCGACUGCAACAUCGACGCUGCUAAAUUCCAGCAUUAAUUCCAGAACUUCAUUAGCCGAGCAGAGCGCCAGCGGCACCACAAAUUGCGACUCGAAUGGCGCUGAGACGGAGACGCAGCAGCCGGACUCUCUGCCCGCCAUUAAGUGCGAGGCAACGGAUGCCAUGGAGACUACAACGGCUGGCGAUACGGAACUGGCCAAGGAUCAGCCGGAUGCGGACAACAUUAAAAUGUUUGUGGGGCAGAUACCCAAGACAUGGGAUGAGCUCAAAUUGCGACGCCUGUUCGAGCAGUUCGGACGGGUCCACACGCUGAAUGUGCUGCGAGAUAAGGUCACAUCGAUUAGCCGAGGGUGCUGUUUUGUCACCUACUAUACGCGCAAGGCGGCUCUGCGGGCCCAGGAUGCGCUGCACAACAUCAAAACUUUGGAUGGGAUGCAUCAUCCCAUUCAAAUGAAGCCGGCAGACAGUGAGAACAGAAAUGAGCGCAAACUUUUCGUUGGCAUGCUGAAUAAAAAAUAUACGGAAGCCGAUGUGAGGCAACUAUUCACGGGCCACGGCACCAUCGAGGAGUGCACCGUGUUGCGGGAUCAGGUGGGCCAGAGCAAGGGCUGCGCCUUCGUAACAUUCGCAACCAAACAGAAUGCCAUUGGGGCGAUCAAGGCCCUGCAUCAGAGUCAGACCAUGGAAGGCUGCUCGGCGCCUCUGGUCGUGAAGUUCGCCGACACGCAAAAGGAAAAGGAUCAAAAGAAGAUGCAACAGCUGCAGGCCAUAUGCGGCAUCAGUGCACUGACACAAACGCCCAGCGGCGCUGCAGCAGCGGCUGCCACGCCCACAGCGAACACCGCCACAGCGCUGAUUGCCGCAGCGCCGGCAGCUCAACGCCCGAAUCCAUCGAUGGCCGCAGCGUUGGCCGGUGUGCCGCCGGUGCAGAGUGCUGGCGCUGCAGCACAGACGCCGACGCUCGUCUCAGUGCCGACGACGGCAGCGCUGAGCGCUUCGCUGGCUCCGGCAUUGCUCGGCAGCAGUCCGCAUCAUGCCCAGACGCCUGGCGCCGCGGCAGCCGCAGCAGCAGCUGCCUACCUCAGCGCUGAUCCCACGGCUCACUUGCAGCUCUAUCAGCAGAUGCAGCCCUACGGACUACUGCCGGCCCACUAUCUGCAAGGGCCACCCAGCGCCGCAGAUCCCUAUGGCACCAACACCUUUACCGGCUUAUCCAACGGAGCUAGUGCCGCAGCAGCCGCCUAUGGAGCCGCACAGACGCUGAAUGCCAGCGCCUUGCAAGCCGCCGCAGCGACCGUGGCAGGCAAACAGAUCGAGGGUCCCGAUGGCAGCAAUCUGUUUAUCUAUCAUCUACCUCAGGAAUUCAUAGAUACCGAUCUCGCUUCGACAUUUUUGCCCUUUGGCAAUGUGCUAUCGGCCAAAGUGUUCAUCGAUAAGCAAACAAAUCUAUCGAAAUGCUUUGGCUUCGUUUCCUACGACAAUCGGCAUUCAGCUGAUGCGGCCAUACAAGCAAUGCACGGCUUUCAAAUAGGCACAAAGCGCUUGAAGGUGCAGCUAAAGCGGCCUAAGGACUUGGGCAAGCCCUAUUAAGCAGCUAACUGAGCGUGAUCUAACGCCGAUAAACACAAAUCCCCAAACACAAAUAGAAAUAGAUUAGUUCCAUAUUGUGCCUUUUAGCGUGACAUGUUUUCGAAACCAAAGGACCAAUUAAUAAAAUCUAUCUAAUAUUAAGCAAACACCAAAAAAAAA